GAUACAUUGCUCGGUGGAGUGAGCUUGUCCUGGACUUUAGUUUUAUUGUGACUCGCACAUUAAGUUAACUCAUUCCAUGAACUGUUCCACUUCACUCAACACUCCCAUCUUAUUCAUACUCAAUGUUGCAAUAAAGGAUUUUAUAUUUAAACUAACAUUGAAUGAAAUGACACCAGAACUCACAAGAAGGAAAUGUAUACAAAAACACUUCUAGUAUUCCUACUGAAUUGUCAACUCUACUCCUGUUACGAAAACGUUGAAGAAUUCUUCCAAGAUGUGAACGAGAAAACAGUAUAUUUCAAUCGAAUAUCUUCGGAAAUUGCGUGGAAAUCCUCUAUCGAACCAGACGAACCUAAUUUAACCCAUGCUUCGGCUGAGUACCAGAAAAAAAGGAUAACAUGGCAACAAAAUGCGUGCGAUAAACUGGCAACACUAAAUCAAAAUCUGUUUAAUAGCACACACAAGAGAAUGACUCAUCUUUUGUGUCGCGGGCCCAAGUUUAAUUUUAAAGAAGCAAGAUACUUGAGUUCCUUGUACAACGAACUUCAAUCUACAUACUCAAAAUUCAAAGUUUGUCUUCCAACAGAAAAGCCAAUAUCUAAAUCUAACCUUUCUGAAGUAGAAAAUCUUAUAUUCAGCCAUUUGGAAAACCCACAUCGAAUAAACAUCAACAAAGAUUCUUUGAAUGAAAUUGUAUGUCUCGAUGGUGAAGAUGAUUUCGAUAGAUUAAUGUCGUUCUCGAAAAACGAAGAGGUCCUGAGAUGGGUAUGGUCCACUUGGAGGGAAAUGGGACAGAGUAUGAAGACACCUUAUGGAGAAUUGGUGGCAGUUGAGAAUACCGCUGCUGGAAGAAAUGGUUACACCAACAUCGGCGAGGCCUGGCGUGAUGAGCUUGAGAUACCAAACCUGAGAGCGGUAUGCCAUCACCUGUACAACGACAUUAAACCACUGUACAAACUUCUCCAUGGAGUAGUGAGGUUCUUCCUGAGGAGGAGGUACGGGGAAAUGAUUCCGGAGAGGGGAUAUAUACCAGCUCAUUUAGUGGGAAAUUUGUGGUCACAAAGUUGGGACGCCACCAUUGAGCUAAUGACGCCACAGACAAUUGACCUGAAUGCAAGCAUCAAGCGACAAAACUGGACUGUGCUUCAUAUGGCAAAAAGAGCGGACGAUUUCUACCAAUCCCUCGGACUACCGGCCAUGACAGAUAUAUUUUGGCGGGAGUCGGUAUUUUCGCGGGAAACUGAUGCCACGAGGUGCCAUGGUUCUGCAGCAGACAUGUUCAAAAAUGGCGACUAUAGACUGAUCUACUGCUCUGGAACUACAGUGCAAGAUUUCUAUGUCCUCCAUCACGAAAUGGGGCACAUUCAAUAUUACAUGGCGUACGAAGACCAGCCUGGACUAUUUAGGCAAGCUAACACUGCAUUACAUGAGAGCAUUGGAGAUGCUAUUAUGUACGGAGUCAUGACCCCUCAACAUUUACACAGACUUGGCUUAAUUAAUGAUACUAUUUUAUUUAAUAAUGGUUGGAAAACAGACGAACCUAAUUUCGACGAAAAUAACCGAGAUACAAGUAACACAGUUCAACUCAAUCAGAAUAAUGAACAAACGGAAAGCGAAAAUGAUAAAUCAAAAAUUGUUGCAAAUGUUGACAUAGAAUUUGAUUCGACAGAUGAUUUAUUCAUGCUAAAACAAGCUUUAAAUAAAAUACCACAGAUACCAUUCUCGCUUGUAAUAGAUUUGUAUCGGUGGAAAUAUUUCGAAGGUGGCAUCAGGAGAGGUGAUGAAAAUCGUGUAUUUUGGGAAAUGGUAGAGGAAUUGAGUGGAAUAACACCUCCAAAUGAGAGAGGAGAGGAUUAUUUUGAUGUGGCUGCAAAGUUUCACGUGCCUGAUAAUACGCCACAUAUAAGGUACUUCCUAAGCAGCUUCCUGCAGCACCAGAUCUUCGAAUCCCUUUGCAAGGCGUCUGUGUUCGGGAGGCGAAACGUCACUGAGGACAUCCCACCCACGGUCACGCUGAACAGAUGUGACAUCUACGGCUCAAGGACUGCCGGCAGGAUUCUGUCAGACAUUAUGUCUCCAGGCCACUCUCAACAUUGGAGGGAGAUCCUGUCAUCCUCGAUUGGGGUGGAAGAAAUAUCGGCUUCGUCACUCCUACGCUACUACAGCCCGCUGCAGGAACUGUUGGAGAGAUUUGUUAAAAAGCAUCGUAUACCUAUCGGCUGGUAGUUUGUUGACGUUUACCACAAAACAGGAGAAAUUUUUAAUAUAUAUUGUGUAUAUGGAUAAAUCAAACAGUUUGAGUUUACGCUAAGUAAGCCGCUAUGUAUUAUAGGAUUUAAUUAGUCAACAAUACUAUAUUAUAUAUAAUAUUUACAUUAAAGAAAUAUUAUUCGAAAUAUAUUAGAAAUAUUACAUAUAGAUAUUAAAGAAAUAUAAAUCAAUCAGAAAAAGGUCAUUUUCUAUCUAGAUCUGACCAGCAUUAACAAUUAGGCUACAGAGGUCGUCGAAGUACGAACAAUGAAGCCUAUAAUGGUUACAUAUCAUACUUUUUAUUAUUUUUUGGAUCAACUGUAAAGAUUUUGCUAAUAUUGAAAAAAUUGGCAUGCAUUAAACUUGUAGCCACUCGUAUCAUCGUAUUUUACCUUCCUAUGAUAUCUUAAAUCGAUGAUGUCAAAUUUAAAAUAAUAUUUGAAGAAUACUGUUUUGUGGUAAGACUUCGUGUAUUUUAACGGAGUGUAUAAUUAACUUCGCUUUGUGUUUUUUAAUUGAAUAAAGGACGACAAAUAUGUAAGGUACGUUGCAAAUAAUAA